CUAAGUCCAUCGCCUAUCUAUCAAAGAUCUAAUGCGACGUUCGUCAUAACGGUUGAACAUAUGAUAACCAAGUCCGAAUCGGAACUUGUGUGGAUAUCUAAGUCAAUUUCAAUUUUAUUCAGUAUCUCUCCAUCAUUUCACCUACAUCGUCUCAUCGUAGCUGCUUCAUACUGUAGAAUAUCGACACGAUGUCCGUAGAAACGCUCACUACUAUCUCGCCUACCACGAACGAGCCGAUAUUGACUCGCAAUGGCAUCACGGCUUCUGAGUUGGAAGAGCUCCCCAAGAUCGCCGCCGAGAAGUUCAAGAGCUGGAGCAAGACUUCGUUGACAGAUCGCCAAAUCAUAGUCAACAAGGCAUUAAAACUACUCGAGGCAAAGAAAGAUGAGCUGGCCGAAGAACUUACCGUCCAGAUGGGCCGGCCGAUUGCUUACACUGCUGGCGAAAUUACGACCGCCAUCAAACGUGCCAACUAUCUUGUCAAAAUUAGCGAAGAUACGUUGAAAGAUACGGAAGGGGAACCCGAGAAAGGAUUCAAACGAUUCAUUCGAAAAGUCCCAGUUGGUCCAGUUCUCGUCAUCUUCGCGUGGAACUACCCUUACCUGAUCCUAGUCAACUCACUUAUACCAGCGUUGCUUGCUGGAAAUACCGUCAUCCUCAAGCCUUCCCCUCAGACCCCUACGAUAGUGGAGCAGGUUUCCAAGAUCUUCACAGAGGCCGGAUUACCUGCUGGUGUCUUGCAGUAUUUCCACUGUGGAUCACCCCUAAUUAUGGAGUCCGUGGUACGAAACCCGACCAUUUCCCUGAUUUGCUUCACUGGUUCAGUAGCAGGAGGGUUGGCAGUCCAGAAGGCAGCUGCGGACAGGAUUGUCAACGUCGGCCUCGAGCUUGGCGGCAAAGAUCCCGCAUAUGUCAGAGGAGAUGUCGAUCUCGAUUGGGCAGCCGCGGAGAUAGUCGACGGGUCAAUCUUCAAUUCGGGACAAAGUUGCUGUGCCAUUGAGCGUGUUUAUGUUGACGAAAAAAUAUAUGAUCCCUUUGUCGAGGCAGUCCAGAAGGUCUUGAAGGACUACAAGGUUGGAGACCCUCUAGACAAGGAGACUCAGAUCGGACCAGUCAUCUCGAAGCGAUCUAAAGAAACGAUCGAGUCGCACAUCAAGGAUGCACUGAGCAAGGGCGCAAAGGACCUGACGCCAGAGAAUCCGACCUUCUCAGUUCUCCCAGCAAAGGGCAAUUUCGUCAAGCCCACUCUCCUGGCUGACGUCAACCACAGCAUGACGGUGAUGACGGAAGAGACAUUCGGUCCGGUCAUUUCCGUCAUGAAGGUGAAGAGUGACGAGGAGGCCAUAGAGCUAAUGAAUGAUAGCGAAUUUGGCCUCACAGCCAGUAUAUGGACCAAAGACACGGAUAAGGGCUAUGAAUUGGCAGAACAAGUCGAAGCAGGAACUGUCUUUGUCAACCGCGCGGAUUACCCGAGUCCAGAUCUGGCCUGGACAGGAUGGAAGAACUCGGGCAAGGGCGUUACCCUAAGCAGAUUUGGUUAUGACCAAUUUGUGAAGCUGAAGAGCUACCACCUCAAGGAUUACCCGAAGUAGGCUGACACGCGAGCCAAUAGUGACGAAGGGGGCAAUGUUCUGGAAUGGCAGGGCCACUAAUUCCACUAAUUCCACUUGAUCCCU